GAAUCAAAGUCCGCCGCUUCCUUUUCCUGGGGAGGAGCACCACCGUGGGCAUGCCUUUGGCGAGUGGCGAUAGAUCCGGGAGAAGGAAGCGCUUUGGUUACUAACAGAGUCAUGAAUAGAUUCUGAAGACAUGUGAUGAACAUGAAGAAAUGUAGAGGCCGGACAUUCCGAAAGAGGAGAAGAAAUCAUUCUAGGUGUUUUUCACAACGUGGUGUUAAUCUUAGUCACAAAUGUGAAUACAUACAUCUUAAAAAAUGGCUGAAGGAAAGAGGAUUUGAAGACAGUAUAUUAAGGCCAGCACAAUUUUCAGAAACAGGAAGAGGACUGAUGACCACAAAAGCCCUUCAGGCAGGACAGUUGAUCAUUGCAUUGCCUGAAAAAUGCUUGCUCACCACUGAUACCGUACUCAACAGCUACCUUGGAGAAUACAUUAUAAAAUGGAGGCCUCCAAUUUCUCCUUUGACUGCACUGUGUACAUUUUUGAUAGCAGAAAAAUAUUAUCACAAGAAGUCUGUGUGGCAGCCUUACCUGGAUCUUCUACCUGAAACAUAUACCUGUCCUGUCUAUUUGGAGCAACAGGCGGUGAACCUGUUUCCUGAGCCUUUGAGAGGAAAGGCCCUUGAGCAAAAAAGUCUAGUAGAGCAACAGUAUACCUCAUCCAAGAGCUUUUUCUUUUCUUUGCAGCCUCUGUUUCCUGAACAUGUGGAGUCUGUUUUUAGCUACAGCGCCUUCCAAUGGGCUUGGUGCACCAUAAAUACAAGAACUGUGUAUAUGAAGCAUCCACAGAAGGAAUGUUUCUCUAGGGAGCCAGAUAAUUACGCAUUAGCCCCAUUCUUAGAUCUACUAAAUCAUAGUCCAACUGUCCAGGUGAAAGCUGCAUUUAAUGAAAGGACCCGAUGCUAUGAAAUAAAGACCCUUUCACACUGUGCAAAAUACCAAGAAGUAUUUAUUAACUAUGGCCCUCAUGAUGAUCAGCGCUUGCUUUUGGAAUAUGGUUUUGUUGCCGCCAGUAAUCCACACAACUGUGUGCAUGUUGACACAGAUACCCUUCUUAAAUAUCUAAUUCCAGAGGAUAAGCAGAGGCACAUAAAAGUUUCCAUUCUGCAAGAGUACAAACUUUUAGACAAUCUGACAUUUGGAUGGGAUGGGCCCUCUUGGAGACUUCUUACAGCACUCAAGUUAUUGUGUCUGGAUGCACAUCAAUUUACAUCAUGGAAGAAAGUAUUGCUUGGUGACGCCAUUUCAGAGAGAAAUGAAAAGAAGAGUUUGGAUCUUGCAAAAAAAAUAUGUACAUCACUGACAGAGAAGACUCAGCGUGCCCUUCAUAAGAUAUCUCGUUUAAAACAGGACAAUGUGGAUCUUGUAAACCAGCUAAGUUUUCUAGAGGCACUGCAUACGGAAGAUCUAAACAUCUUACUACUAUCAGCGGAGAAUCUUUUACAAAUGAACUGUACAACAAUUUGAUCUUCUUGGAGAAGAAUAGCAUAUCUACUGUAUUUGGAGUGCAGGGGAUCUCUUUCUCAAGCUGGGCCACUAGUGUAUUUUAUCUCAUGAAGCCCUGGAGAUCCAGAUAGAAUUUGAGAUUUUCUGGUCUAAGUCGCUGCACAAAGAGAGGAGCUUCAAUAUCAAACAAGGCCCCUUUUAAUCCAAAAGGGUGGACAUUUGUAUUAUAAUAGAUAACAAUUACAGAGCUGAAAAGUGUGAAGGGCAUCAUGACUAAAGAACUGAUUGAGGCCUUCAAAUCAAGCAAGGUUGAAAUGUGAUCAGUGAUGAUUCUGUAACUAAGUUCUUGCUCUGACCUAGAUAGCCUUGGCUAGCCCAAUUCAAAAGCUGGGCAGGAUCAGCCUGGCCUGUAUUUGAAUGGAAUACUAGGGUCCCUACGCAGAGGCAGGCAAUUGCAAACCCCAUCUGAAUGUCUCUUGCCUUGAAAACCUCACUAGGGGUUGCCCUAAGUCACUUGUGGCUUGAUAGCAUCCACCCCACCCCUCAAUUCUUAUCUCUCAGGGAUUUUACCCAAAUAACAAAUUUGGGUAAACAAACUGUGUUUAAAAAUAGUUUUUGUUUAAUAAACUGUGCUGAACAUAGUAUGUGAUCAUUUUCUAAUAACUGGGAAACAGAAUGCUAGCCUGCCCUUUCUCUAGGGUGAGUCAUGAAAAAUCUCCAAGAGUUAAAUGUGGAAGUUUAAAAAAGUAUAUAUCUUGAAAGGCUUACUGUACAGUAACUGUAGUGACCCCACUUUUUCCUGUACCCUAAUUUUAGAGUAGCUAUUGAUCUUCUGAACUAGAUCCCCGCCUCUACUGUGUAUGAAGAAACAUUCCUUCAUUUUUUCCUUUUCUUCCUUUUUUCCUUUUUCUUUAAUUUUCUUUCAUUUUUCUUUAAUUUUCUUUCAUUUUUCUUUCAUUUUUCUUUCAUUUUUCUUUCAUUUUUCUUCCUUUUCCUUCCUUAUGGAGGUAAGUCUGGGAAACCCACAAGGUUCAAUUUGGUCAAGCCAACUAUUUCCCAAGUGGUGCAAUGGACUAUGAACAGUGCUGGUUCUUCAGAUAUUUAUAUAUUUUUUUCUGAAAUUUGCAUGCUGUCCUGAUCUAGGAAUAUCGUUCUGUUUAAAUUACAUUCUUAACAGAGCCUAG